UGAAGAUUAAGUCAGAAGACUGGGAGAAGAGUAAGCGAAAGAGCACACUUAGUCGAUUCUCUUAUCAUCUGGCUCAGAAAGGAUGGUACCCCAUCUUCAUGCACCUCAAAAUCUUCAGGGCUUAUCAUCUGCAGGUCAGCUUUCCCUCGUGCAUUGGCCACACCAAUGUGAAGUCAUCAGGGACAGAAUUGAGCACAUUGAUUGGACACCCCCUAGGCCUGAGCCAUUGUACACUCCAACCGGUUUGGAGAUGAAGCCAUCAUACCAACCCAGUAACGAGGGCACUGUGAUUUAUUUGACAGAAGAAGCCAACAAAGACUCUGGAUUUGUGUAUUCUCGAGUGAGAGGUCUCUGCCCUUCAAAGCAGAUCCUCCAUCAGAACGGGGACAACACAUUGAUCUUUGAAGCACGAUUUGAGAGUGGGAAUUUGCAGAAGGUGGUCAAAGUUAAUGAGUUUGAGUAUCAGCUGACCCUGCGCACUGACCUCUACACAAGUAAAUACACGCAGUGGUACUAUUUCCAAGUAAGCAACACUCAAGCAGGGAUGCCAUAUCGUUUCACCAUUGUCAACUUCACCAAGCCUAACAGCCUCUAUAAACGUGGGAUGCGCCCUCUCUUGUACUCGGAAGCUGAUGCCAAGAAACACAACGUUGGCUGGCGGAGAACAGGGAACGAAAUUAAGUAUUACAGAAACAAUGCGGGCCGAGGUGGACAGCAGUAUUUCUCACUCACCUGGACAUUCCAAUUCCCUCACAACAGAGACACCUGCUAUUUUGCCCACUGCUAUCCUUACACCUACUCCAACCUACAGGAGUACCUAGUAGCCAUCUCUAAAGAUCCAGUGAAGUCCAAAUUCUGCAAGAUCCACAUCUUAUGCCAUUCAUUGGCAAGAAACAUAGUAUAUGUUUUAACAAUCACCAGUCCCCAUGAAGGUGACAAGGACACAAAGAGAAAGGCUGUGAUAUUAACUGCAAGGGUGCAUCCAGGGGAAACUAACAGUUCCUGGAUAAUGAAAGGCUUUCUGGAUUACAUUCUUGGCAAUUCAGGCAAUGCUCAAGUGCUCCGGGACAACUUUGUCUUCAAAGUGGUGCCAAUGCUGAAUCCAGAUGGUGUGAUUGUGGGAAAUCAGCGUUGCUCUUUAGCAGGUCAGGACUUGAAUCGCAAAUACAAAUCUAACCUGAAGGAAUUUUAUCCUUCCAUCUGGUAUACCCGAAACAUGAUCAAAAGAGUGAUGGAGGAACGUGACAUUCUUUUGUAUUGUGAUCUCCAUGGUCACAACAGAAAAAAGAAUGUCUUUGUAUAUGGUUGUGAAAGAAAGCAGCAAUCAAAAGCACCAAAUUUGCAUCCUCGUGUCUUUCCACUCUUACUGAGCAAGAUCUGCCCAGAUAAGUUCUCAUUCCCAGACUGCCGUUUCAGAGUACAAAAGAGCAAAGAAGGCACAGGACGAGUUGUAAUGUGGAAGAUGGGCAUCAGCAACAGCUACACUUUGGAAGCCUCUGUCUGUGGUUCUAAGUUGGGCCAGAGACGAAGCACUCAUUUCAAUACAAAAGACUUAGAGUCAGUAGGACACCGUUUCUGUGAUGCUCUCUUGGACUACUGUGUUCCUAAUGUGAAGUAUUAUCUGUGCCUGAAGGAACACGAGGAAAUGGCUCAAGGCAUUGAAACAUUACAUAAGAUAUUUCAGGAACUUGACCCUGUAGGCAGAGACCUUAACUGGAGUACUAUCCCCCAGCCUAUAGAACACUUUAUAUCCCAGAAUCUUUUCCUUCCUCCUACUGCUCUUCAAGAAGUGUGCUAUGCAAGUGAAAGAGGAGGAGUUAGACCAGUCUCUGGAUGUCAUCCUCUGAAGAUGGAGAGCAGGUCAAGGGAGAAGGAAGAAAAGAUCCAGCACAGAGCCUAGGGGAUUCAAACCUAUAUUUUCCCACUUCCC